CGCCGCGGGCUCCGCAGUGCAGGCGCUGCGUCGUCGACGCUUGCAGGGCCUGAGUUUUUUUGUGGGCUGUUUGUGAUGGACUAACGCAAACAAGGAGAGGAAGCGCGAGGGGGGAGGCCGGGGCCAUUGCUGGUCCUCCCACAGGAAACGCGGGAUUAAGACACUGGCUGGAUUGUGCAGCCUGUCGCGAUCCCGCUGCUGGACCCUGUGGCUCGGCCCGCCCGGCAGCUGUGCGGAGCAACAGGAACACGUUUCACCGAGUGGCUCUUGGCAGAGGAACCGGGGCCAGUUACAACACGAUGAAUAAAAACAAACACAGACGCUGCGACGGGGAGCACUGUAACGGGAAGGAGCGUGGAUGCCGCGGAGCGCGGGGGCUGGCAGGAAGCGGUCGGUCUCGCGGGUAGCUCGUGCGGGGGCCUGGGGCUUUCGGCCGCCGCGUGCUGCUGCGCCAAGCCCGGCUCUCCCGGCACCUCCUCACUGCGGGCCCCGAGCCCCUGCGCCUCCUCGGCCGCUCUCCUCAUGCCACCGUCCGUGAGUCCGAGCUCUGCCUUGGCUAGCAGGAACAGCCUGGUAGGGUCCAUCUCGGAUAGACGCGGAUGAUGCCAGAGCUAUGACAGGGAUUGCAGUCUUGGCACUGAGGGGUGAUCAAUUAUGGAACAACUACAGGAGGAAGUACCUGAGGUCAGGGAAGAGGAGGAGGAAGAGGAAGAGGCAGUGAUGGUGGCGAGUGGAGCCUCAGACCCAAGUGGAGGACCAGACAGCUCGCUGCCUUCAAGCAGCUACACAGACCUUUCGCAGAGCUCCUCUCCCUCCCUGUCGGACCAACUGCAGAUGGGCUGCGAGGAGGCGGCCUCGGGAAUGCUGAACGUGGAGUGCAGGGUCUGCGGAGACAAAGCCUCGGGGUUUCACUACGGCGUGCAUGCCUGCGAGGGCUGCAAGGGUUUCUUCCGCCGGACGAUCCGCAUGAAGCUGGAGUAUGAGAAGUGCGAGCGGAGCUGCAAGAUUCAGAAGAAGAACCGGAACAAAUGUCAGUAUUGCCGCUUCCAGAAAUGCCUCUCGCUGGGCAUGUCGCAUAAUGCGAUCCGCUUUGGCCGCAUGCCGGAGGCAGAGAAGAGGAAGCUGGUAGCGGGGCUGACGGCGAGUGAGAUCAGCUGCCAGAACCCGCAGGUGGCCGACCUGAAAGCUUUCUCCAAGCACAUCUACAACGCCUACCUGAAAAACUUCAACAUGACCAAAAAGAAGGCGAGAAGUAUCUUGACCGGGAAGGCCAGCAGCACCCCACAGCCUUUUGUGAUCCAUGACAUGGACACCUUGUGGCAGGCAGAAAAGGGACUGGUCUGGAAACAGCUAGUGAACGGGAUUCCCCCCUACAAGGAGAUUGGGGUCCACGUCUUCUACCGCUGCCAGUGCACCACGGUGGAGACUGUGCGGGAGCUCACUGAGUUUGCCAAGAGCAUCCCCAGCUUUGUAGGCCUCUACUUGAACGACCAAGUGACUCUGCUUAAGUACGGGGUGCACGAGGCCAUCUUUGCCAUGCUGGCCUCUAUCAUGAACAAGGAUGGGCUCUUGGUGGCCAACGGGAAUGGGUUCGUGACCCGUGAGUUCCUGCGUAGCCUGCGCAAGCCCUUCAACGAGAUCAUGGAGCCCAAAUUUGAGUUUGCUGUGAAGUUCAAUGCGCUGGAGCUGGAUGACAGUGACCUGUCUCUGUUUGUGGCUGCCAUUAUCCUAUGUGGAGACCGCCCUGGCCUGAUGAACGUGAAGCAGGUGGAGGAGAUACAAGACAACAUCCUCCGAGCGCUGGAGUUUCACCUGCAGAGCAACCAUCCGGACGCUCAGUACCUCUUCCCCAAGCUGCUGCAGAAGAUGGCCGACCUGCGGCAGCUGGUGACGGAGCACGCCCAGCUGGUGCAGAAGAUCAAGAAGACGGAGACAGAGACAUCUCUGCACCCGCUUCUGCAGGAGAUCUACAAGGACAUGUACUAAGGACCUGUUAUUUAUGAGCGAUCGAAGCCAUGGAUUCCCAGCAAGACUCUUUGUACAAAAACAAAGAAAACCCUUCCCCAUGUCUUCCGUUUCUUCUACUGGAAACUCUUUUCUACGUGUUGCUGACGUACGGUACAUAGGACAAGACGCCAUAGGAUUUUGCAGCCGCCACCUGGUAGGCCAGGGCUUCCGUUAACACACACUAACAAAUUUACAAAGGCAAAUCAUAAGCUACUGUUUCCGUUACUGUGGCCCUGCCCUUCGGCUGCUCCCCGUUGCCUCUGGAGCGGCCAGCUGGUUUACGUGCCACGGAUGGUGGGGUUCCUGCGGCAGCUUGGGAACGGCGCGGGGAUGCUCCGGUUUAGGAGACCAGAGCAUGGUGGUUAUCCGGCAGGGCCAGCAACAGCACUUACAGCGUAUUUUUAUUCUCUUUUUGUAUUGCACUCUGAAGACUUAGUCCUGAGCCGUGAAGUCUAGGACAGUGUAACGAUAGGAAGUUUCUCUCUUUUCCAAAGAAAAGGGAAAGUAUUUGAAGACGGGUACAGCUGUUCUAGCAGAAGAGACCCUCAGCUGCAGCCCCCCCUCGCUGUAUGGCGUAUUCGUAUCUCCAGUGAGAACUGUGUGAUCUCUGCCUUCCACGAGCGAUGUGCGGGAGCCCUCGGUGUGCCAGCACGCGCUGCGUGGCCCUGGUCCUGGUGCCCCGUUUCAGAGGGGCUCGUGCCAGGGCAAGGAAAAGCCUUCCAGCAGCACCGGCACGGAGGGGCUGCUCUUCCCCUCGGAGAGUCAGGGCCAGCUCCCCCGGCCCUAGGCAGAGCCCUUGACGUUGAACGUGGCAGCCCCGGCCCAGGGGGGCCGCAGAAGAGCUCGGCUCCGGCAAUGCCACGCUUUCCGGGCUGGCGUGCCAGCAGAGCAGCCCCGCGAGAGCUGGACGGCAGCGUUGGGGAGAGCGGGGGACCCGAAUCGCGGCAGGCAGGGCUGGCGUUGCCCCCAGCUUUCUGCGUGGCCUUUCACUUGCCUCUUAACUGCCCUGCCUCAGUUUCCCCAUCUGUAAAAGGGAGCCAGAUUGUUGCCUGCCCUCCCCCUCGCAGCAGCCACGUGAGGAUUAAUUCAAACAUUCGAUGCAAAGAGCUGUAAAACAGUCUAAAAGCCAAGGAUUUGUAAAGGGGGAGGGAGGAUGGGACGGCCACCAAACCAGGGACUUCCCGGCCCGUGGAGCCUGGCGGGGGGACGCGGCCGGACGGGCCAUGCCCUCCCCCUGGGCGCCGGGGCGGCCUUGAAGCUUCGGGCUCUGCCUGAACCCAUCACCCAGCGCCGGGGCUUCACCUCGCCGUUUCAGCAGCAGUAGUGAAAGGCGCCCGGGGGGUGAGCCCGGCGCUGGGGCCAUGGCGCCCUUGCUCCCAGAGGGGACAGGAGCCGGGCCGAGGGCCCUCGCUGGGUGACAGCGGGUGACCUAAGAAGCAGCACUCACCCCCUGCGUGUCCUGAGCAGCCUUAUUAAAGUACUGAUAACCCCCCGGGGCCUCGUGGGAUUUCAUUAGUCAUUUUGAUUUUAUUUUUGCUCCUCUUCAGGGUAGUGGAUCUCCCUGGUGCAAUAAUUCCUUUAAAACACGAAGGGGAGGAGCGCCGUGCUCCCCCUCCGCCUCGCGGGGCCGGCUGCUCCCGCGGCAUCCCCAAAAGCCGCCGGCAGGCAAAGCGGCUCCGCAGAUGCCCCGCUGCUGGCCCGCGCCGUGCCUCGGUUUCCCUGCCCUCCGCCCCAAAGAGCCCCUCUCCCUUCGCCGCCCCCGGGGGAGGCCCUCUGCGGAUGAGCGUCGCUAAAGCACUUUGAAGUCCCCUCGUGGAAGGAGUUACGGGGGGGUGCGUGCGGCAUCGUCACGGAUUUGUCCCUUCCCGAGCUCCUGGUGACCCCGCUCCGUGCCGUCCUGUGGUCCCGGCACCGCGGGACUCGCGCUGUCGUCGCCUGAGGAACUUUGUGCUCUUCCCCAUCUCCCGACAGUGUAACAACCCUCAACCUGAAAUGUAUAUUUUUGCUAGAAGUACAAACCUCCAAGUGUUUUUAAUAAUAUAAAUAGCGUCCACAGACUGACUUGACUUUAAAUAAAUCUGAACUAAAUAUUUAAGAA